AAUAGCAUGUUUAAAUUAUAAUUGUCAAAUAACUAGUAAACAAACAAUAAUUAUAAUGAGUCUAAUAUAUCAAGAAGUUGUAAACGAACACAUAAAUUGCAAUCCGAAUUUACCAGAUACUAUCACACCAGACGAUGUUCUAAAAUUAACUAACAUUACUGAAGAUUAUUUAUGCAGCCCAGAUGCAAAUAUAUAUGAAAUUGAUUUUACUAGAUUUAAAAUACGUGAUUUAGAAUCAGGAGCAGUACUGUUUGAAAUUGCAAAGCCUUCUGUUGACAUCACAGAUCAUGGAGAGGCAGAUUUACCCGAUGAGCCCCUAGAUCCAAACUCUGGAAGAUUUGUAAGAUAUCAAUUUACACCACAGUUUUUGAAACUAAAAACAGUUGGUGCUACUGUGGAGUUCACUGUUGGUCAAUUUCCAGUUAAGAGAUUUCGCAUGAUAGAACGCCAUUUCUUCAGAGAUAAGUUACUGAAAACAUUUGAUUUUGAAUUUGGAUUCUGCAUACCUUAUUCAACCAAUACUUGUGAGCACAUUUAUGAAUUUCCUUCUUUGCCAGCUGAAUUGGUAAAUGAAAUGAUUGAUUCUCCAUUCGAAACACGUUCCGAUAGCUUUUACUUUGUGGAAGACAAGCUUGUUAUGCAUAAUAAAGCAGAUUAUGCUUAUGAUGGGGGUUUGCCAUAAAUUCUGAUAAUAUAUUAAAUGUAUUCAAAUUGCCUUAUCUAAUAUUUAAAUGAAAGCACAUGAUAAUAAGACACAGACAUUUGGCAUUUGUUGGGUUUGUCAAUAUGAAAAAUAAUCACUGUGUUCUAAAUUCAAU